UCCGUGACCCGGAAGUACUGUUUUAACUUUGUUGACGAUACGAUGAUGAUGCUGGUGAAGAAAGAUGGCAGCAGCUGGAAGAGCAAUUGUGCAGUCCAAGAGGUGCUGAAAGUGGGAGUUGCCGCAGCACAGCAGUCCAGUGGUACACACAGUUCACCUUUGACCUCUGCACCAUCACCCUUGACUCGCCUCCCGGGAACCUCAGAUACCGCUGCAACUAUCAGAGAUCUUCCCCAGAGGUAUCGAAGAAGGAUAGUUGGUCCAGAGGAGAUGGAGUACAUCCAGCGUGGUGGACCAGAGUAACAGACAUCUUCACUGAUAACCUGCCAAACCAUUCUCUGGAUAUUUAUUCAGUACUGUGUAGCUUUUUAGGAGCAUAACUACCAGAGAUUCCAAUAUAAAAUGCACAAGGAAACAUUUAUCUCUAGAUCCUGUUGGAUCAGAGCGCUGAAAUUUUUAUUUUUAUGUUCAAGCAGUGCUGAUAAUCUCAAAUGCUUUUUUGAAUGUAUUGUGAUAUGAGAUAGGAAGUAUGCAGAUUCAAGCAUUGUCUAGUUUUCUUCUAAUAGCCUAUGUAUUAUGCAAAGUAAAGCGAAAAACUGUAAACGCUCCAUUGUCAUGGCUAUCAGUUAUCUACCUGAUAACAGCUACAGUGCCUUCAGAAAGUAUUCUCACCCCUUCACUUUUUCCACAUUUUGUUGUUACAGCCAGAAUUUAAAAUGUAUUAAAUGGAGAUGUUUUCACAGAUCUACGCAAUACCCCAUAAUGUGAAAGUGGAAUUAUGUUUGUAGGAAUGGUUACAAAUGAAAAGUUUAAUUGUCUUUAGUCAAGAAGUAGUCAACCCUUUUGUUAUGGCAAGCCUAAAGUUCAGGAGUAAAAAUGUGCUCAACAAUCCACAUAAGUUGCAUGGACUCAAUUUGUGUGCAAUUAUAAUGUUUAACAUGAUUUUUAAAUGACUACCCCAUCUCUGUACCCCACACAUACAAUUAUCUGUAAGGUCCCUAAGUUGAGCAGUGAAUUUCAAGCACAGAUUCCACUUUGCGAACCAAGGUUUUCCUAUGGUCCGCAAAGAAGAGCACCUAUUGGUAGAGGGUGCAGUUAUUCAUUUUAAACUUUGGAUGGCGUAUCAAUACCCCCCAGUCACUACAAAGAUAGUCGCCCUUCCUAACUCAGUUGCCGCAGAGGAAGGAAACCGCUCAGGGAUUUCACCAUGAGGCCAAUGGUGAUUUUAAAACGGUUACAGAGUUUAAUGGCUAAUAUGAGAGAAUAACUGAGGAUGGACAAACAACAUUGUAGUUACUCCAAAAUACUAACAUAAAUGACAGUGUGAAAAGAAGGAAGCCUCUACCGAAUAAAAAAAUAUUCCAAAACAUGCAUCAUGUUUGCAAUAAGGCACUAAAGUAAUACUGCAAAGAAUGUGGCAAUUACAUUUUUUGUUGUUGUCCUGAAUACAAGUUUUAAUGUCAUGUGCACAACUACAAUGAAAUGCCAUUCCUGCAAGCUCCAAACACAACAAUGCAGUAAUCUACAAAGCAUUAUGUUUGGGACAAAUCCAACACAUUGCUGAGUACCUCUUCAUAUUUUCAAUAAUGGUGGUGGCUGCAUCAUGUUAUGGAUAUGCUUGUCAUCUGCAAGGGAGUUUUUUUUAUAAAUAAGAUACAGAAUAGAGCUAAGCACAGACAAAAUCCUAGAGGAAAACUUGGUUCAGUCUGCUUUCCACCAGACACUGGGAGAUUAAUUUACUUUUCAGCAGGACAAUAACCUAUAACAAGGCCAAAUCUUCACUGGAGUUGCUUACCGACACAUUUCUUUUUUUGUCUAACCUAUAUAUAGCUCUUUUAUUUUUUAUUUAAUGUAAUAGCUUAUGUUGUUCUUGUGUAUUACUGUUCUGUACUUUGUCAUGUAUAUGUAUGUUUUGUGUGGACCCCAGGAAGAGUAGCUGCUGCAUUUGCAGUAGCUAAUGGGGAUCCUAAUAAUCUAAACCAAGAAGACAGUGAAUUUUCCUGAGUGGCCGAGUUAAUGUUUUGACAUAAAUCUACUUGAAAAUCUAUGGUUGUCUAGCAAUGAUCAACAACCAACUUGACUGAGCUUGUACAAAGUUAACUCAGGGAGUGUGAAUGUUUAUAUAAAUUCAUUUUCCAAAAAAUGUCAAACAUUUCUAAAAACAUGUUUUCACUUUGUCAUUAUGGGCAAUUGCGUGUAGAUGGGUAAUAAAAAAAAUCAUAUUUAAUACAUUUUGAAUUCAGGCUGUAACACAACAAAAUGUGGAAUAAGUCAAGAGGUAUGAAUACUUUCUGAAGGCACUGGAGUUGCUUACCAGUGAAUGUUUCUCAGUGGCCUGGUUUCAGUUUGGACUUAAAUCGGCUUGAAAAUCUAUGGCAAGACUUGGAAUUGUCUUUCGUGCAAUGAUCAACAACCAACUAGACAGAGCCUGACAAUUUUUUUUUAAGAAUAAUGGGCAAAUAUUUUUCAUCACCAGUGCGCAAAGCUUUUGGAGACUUACCCAGAAAGACUUAGCUGUAAUCGCUGCCAAAGGUGAUUCUAACAUGUAUUGACUCAGGGGGUUGAAUACUUAUCUAAUCAAUAUACAGGUAUAUUAGUGCAAUAUUUUGGAGGGUGGAGGUACUUUUUCUUCCACUUUGACAGAGUAUUUUGUGUAGAUCGUUUGCAAAAAAUGACAUCAAUUUGAAUCCCAAUUUGUAAUACAACAAAAUGUUAAAGUUAAGAGGUGUGAAUACUUUCUGAAGGCACUGUAUAUAUAUAUAUACUCCCUUCCAUAUGUGUUUGGACAGUGAAGCAAAAUUGUUUUAUUUGGCUCUAUACUCCAACAUUUUGGAUUCGAGAUCAAAUGUUUCAUAUGAGGCAACAAUACAGACUGUCACCUAUUUAUUUGAGGGUAUUUUCAUACAUAUCUGUUAUACCAUUUAGAAAUGAAAACACUAUGUAUCUAGUCCCCCAAGUGAAUAAGUCGUGUAUUUGGACAAAUUUGCUUAUAGGGUGUUAAAGUAAUCAAAAGUUUAGUAUUUAUUCUCAUAUUCCUUGCACACAAUGACUUCCUCAAGCUUGUAACUCUAAAAAUGAAUUUGCAGUUUGUUUUGGUUGUGUUUUGGCCUAAUCUCGUUCCCAGACACUUCUGCCCAAAUGCGCGAAGUCUUGUGGACCAACGCUCAAACUUGGCCUUCAUUAGAAAAUACAGGGAGGCUUAAUCUACCAACCAAUCAAUCAUCUCCCACAACACCUUCCCCCUAACGCUCCCCUGUACUUGUCUUGUGCAGCUUUGUUAACAGAGCCACGGCUCGACAAAUGCUUUACUCAGUAAGGUCACUCCCAUAGAAUUCUAAUGUCACUCUUUGAAUCAUUGAUGUCACAGGUUUAUAAGUACUGUGAGUAAUAGCCUGGAGACGAGGUGAUGUUUUGCCCAAUAGUAACUGAAUGGUGUAUGCUGACUCGAGUAAUUUCCUUUUAAGUGUUUCUGAACACUUUUUAAUUCAUGUUGAUGCUGACAUGAUUAUAAAUCAUGAAUUAAUCAUGAAUAAUGAGUGAGAAAGUAACAGAGUCUACAAGAAAACAUGCUAACCUCUCCCCAGUUUUGACUUCUUUAACCCUUUACUCUCCUACCUGUAUCAGGGUUGAAAAUGGCAGAUUCAGGCAUUGAUAAGCAGCUUAAUUGGAACGUAGUCGCUGUACAGUAUUUUCAGAUAUCGUUAUCAAAUGCGGCAAAAUGUCAAAUGCACUACACCGGCCAAACCCAGACGACGCUGGGCCAAUUGUGCGCCGCCUUAUGGGACUCCCAAUCACGGCCAGUUGUGAUACAGCCUGGAAUCGAACCAGGGUGUCUGUAGUGACGCCUCUAGCACUGAGAUGCAAUGCCUUAAACCGCUGUGCCACCUAUGAGCCCAAAUGUUUGGGUUGAACUGCUGUCCUCAACUUUGGUCUAAUAAUUUUGCCAUAAUCUCCAAUUGCUACUAUGCUUAUGCUUUUUAUAUUUCUUCUGUAAGAAAGUUCAAUUUAGUCCUAUCCAUGUAGGCCAAUUCCCACGAGUGUAAAGGGUUAAUACACUAUGUGAAUUUGUCCAAAUACUUAUGACUUUUUCAAAUGGGGAGAUACUAGAUACAUAAAGUGAUUUAAGUUCUAAAUGGUAAAACAGAUACAGUAUGUAUGAAAAUACCUUCAUAAAAGCAGACAUUCUCUAAGUCUGCAUUUCGCUACACUCGCAUUAACAUCUGCGAACCAACCAUGUGUAUGUGAUGUUGCCUAAUAUGAAAUGUUCUCUCUCCUCUAAAAUGCUGGAGUAUAGAGCUAAAUGUAACAGCUGCACUGUCCAAACACAUACGGAGGAGUGUAUUAGUCAUUUCCAGGUGUGUCAUUUCAGUCUAGCCUUGACCGGCUUCAAUUUCAGCCUAAACUUAAUUUGCUGACUUGAUUCAUUGAGGAACAUUUUGUCCUCAAGGGCUUUCUCCAUCAUAACAAAUUUGGAGAUGACCUGGUAGAGAACAAGUGUGACAGAAAUUAUACAAAGCAAGAGUUUUAAUUAAAAAACAAAACGCAAUUGUACACUACAUUAAGUAAUGUACAAACCUAAUUCACAAUAUGCAGAAUGUCUAUGAAGUUCAUACAAAACAGGUUGGCAUUCCAUUGAAAUAGGUACUUCAUCUACAGUAUGAAAAUGUGUCUUAAGUCUUACAAUAAAAUUCUAGCACAACCUCCAGCUAAGUAAAAAGACUGAUAAAAAAAAUGGUGAUACCCUCAAUUAAAAUAAUGUUUGUCUGCCAUUCUUGUUAUUACCCUGACUGAAAUCCACACACCCUUCUCCAGGUUAAUAACCACCUGUCGAUAAAAAAAACCAUUGAAAAUCCAGUUCCCAAAUACACCUAAUAGUUAACAUUUCAGCAACUUAACAUUCUACAGUGGUAUGGUUAAGGAACAUACUAGUUCCUUUUUGACUUUCAAAUACCAAACUACUGUACAAUAUUUUCCACUGCAAAUUCACAUUUCAGUUCAUUGAACAUUGGUAUCACUUGGAGUUCUAUUCAAAUAUUACUACUUGUAGAAUAGAUCAGUAGAAGGCUUAUCAAAAGGUAAUUAGAUCUACAUACAGUCCUACACAUUUCAUUGUUGGUAAUGAUCAAUUCAGGACCACUCGUAAGCACCUUCCAUGUCAUAUUUGUUACGGUCAAGGAUUCAUUGACCAAAGGAUCCAAAACUACAGCAAGGCUGCUGGCACACAUUAACAAAGGUUUGACAUGGUGGGAAAACUAACCAAUAUCAAACCAAGUAUUUUAUCCAUAUUUCCAUCAAACCAAAUCUCCAGCCAUAUUUCCAUAUAUCCAGAGCUAAAUGUUGGACAGUUGGCUCCAAAAACAACAUUUGGUUUGGUAUACCAGUUGUUGGAUUGAAACCUAACACAGUAUUUGGUUUGGUAUACUAAAGAUGAAGGUGCUGCAAGGGAAGCUUUCAGCUUACGUUAUCUUCUGUUUUGACUGUGGAACAGCACAGUUGGUUCUGUGGGUUUAGAUGACUUCAGUCCAUUUACGUUGGGUGUUAUGAUUCGCUUUGAUGGAUCCCUAUCCAUUUCAACACUGGAUGGUCUCAAGGAAAAUAGAACAGCUUGUAUAUUGGGCUCAUAUGGUGACGUCUAUGAUAUACUACAGUACAACCAAAGACAUUCCUACUACACCAAUAAAUGUCCCAAAUAAUGAACACUAGGAACUACAACCAGGUGGAGUCUCACACUGCAUUAUUGGUGUCAGUAUAUAAUGUUCCAGGUGGUCUUAUGCCACCAUUCAUAAAGCUUUUCAAAAUACUACACAAUGGCCUGGACUCAAUCAAAGACAUGUUGUAUACAAGUGCACAGUUCUUGACAUUUAAAAGAUCAUUUCCUCAUGAGUCGACAUCUUCAGCGUUUUACCGUGAACGCGAUCUUCAUUGUAGUGAAAUGGGCUCGUCUACAACGCAUCUCUGAUUGCAUCCUGGUCAAUGUCAUCAUCACUUGCCAUAAGCAUGUAAAUUGCAAAAACAUUUCCAAAAUGUUAUGCCACAUCUUUACAUGCCUCAUGACAAAGAUUAUCGGCAUAAAAAGCACAGCAUGCCUGUCGCAAGCACUAUAACACAUCACACUGACUUCUUAAAGGCUUUACAAAUGACUGCUUAUAACACCACCAAACUAAUCCCUUUUCUGACAUAUCCAGGGUCGUGUUCAUUAGGCACCAAAUGGAUUGAAACAGGGAGGGAAUUUUCACUUUCCGUUGCAAAGCGGUUUAAAACGCUUUCCGUUGCGUACUCUAAUGAACAUGACCCAGGUCUCUCAGGCACAGCUUCAGGGGUCUCCUCUUUCUAUAGUCCUCCUCAGCCUUCCUCCUCUUCAUACGCUUCAAUGAAAUCGGCAAUGGUCUCCACCACGUAAUCUGGCACGAAGUCCUUCCGCUCGGGGUCGUCACUGUCCUUGUAGCCGUGCGCCUCCUCUAGAGUGGACACUCCGGUCAGGGUGAGCAUGGUGUCCAGGCCACAGUUAGCCCCAAACAGGAUGUCAGUCUCCAGGCGGUCACCCACCAUGAGGGACUGGCCGGGGUCCAGGUUGAACUGGCUGGCGAUGCACUCGAACAUGAAGCAGCUGGGCUUCCCGAUCACCGUGGCUUUCCUGCUGCUGGCUGUCUCCACAGCGGCCGUGAGGCUUCCUGAACCUGAGGGAGAGGAGAAAGCGGCGCCAGAGAGUCAGGGAAGAUGACCAGUUACUACCUUUUCAAUGUUUAACUUGUAAACGGCAUACUGACGUACAGCAGUGGUCAGAAACCUUCAUUCUUAAGGUUUCCAAGCUUUUGUUCCAGCCUAGCACAAAUAUUCAAUUAUGCAAUGCAAUGACUUGGGGCUGUUUUGAAGCCACACUAAAAUAAUCCUAAACAAAAAAUGUAUUUGUAAUGCCUGUUGUCAACUGGAGCUGCUUGAUAUUUGUAUUGUCAAGUAAAAUAAAACCAAUUGGUGAACUGCA